AGAACAAACAGGAGACACAGGUCUUACCACUCCAAUGGCGACCACCACUAUGUCCCUCUCCUCCUCGACUUAUGCUGGAAAGGUAGUGAAGAAUCUACCAUCUUCCACACUUUUUGGCGAGUCCCGCAUUACGAUGCGCAAGACUUCAGCGAAGGCUAAGCAGGUCUCCUCUGGAAGCCCAUGGUACGGUGCCGACCGCGUGCUCUACCUUGGUCCACUCUCAGGUGAGCCCCCAAGCUACCUGACUGGUGAGUUCCCAGGUGACUAUGGCUGGGACACCGCUGGACUUUCCGCCGACCCCGAGACUUUCGCGAAGAACCGGGAGUUGGAGGUGAUCCACAGUCGCUGGGCCAUGCUCGGGGCACUGGGUUGUGUCUUCCCUGAGCUGCUCGCCCGCAAUGGCGUCAAGUUUGGCGAGGCUGUCUGGUUCAAGGCCGGCUCCCAGAUCUUCAGUGAGGGUGGCCUCGACUACCUAGGCAACCCUAGCCUCGUCCAUGCACAAAGCAUCCUGGCUAUAUGGGCCUGUCAGGUUGUACUCAUGGGUGCCGUUGAGGGGUACCGCGUUGCCGGUGGCCCACUUGGUGAGAUCAUUGACCCGCUCUACCCAGGUGGAAGCUUCGAUCCUCUUGGCUUGGCCGAUGACCCCGAGGCAUUUGCCGAGCUAAAGGUCAAGGAACUCAAGAACGGUCGCCUCGCCAUGUUCUCGAUGUUUGGCUUCUUUGUUCAAGCCAUCGUCACCGGCAAGGGCCCACUAGAGAACCUUGCUGACCACAUUGCUGACCCGGUCAACAACAACGCAUGGGCAUUCGCCACAAACUUCGUCCCCGGCAACAUUAAAUUUGCCGGCUCCCAGAUCUUCAGUGAGGGUGGCCUCGACUACCUAGGCAACCCUAGCCUCGUCCAUGCACAAAGCAUCCUGGCUAUAUGGGCCUGUCAGGUUGUACUCAUGGGUGCCGUUGAGGGGUACCGUGUUGCCGGCGGCCCACUUGGUGAGAUCAUUGACCCGCUCUACCCAGGUGGCAGCUUUGAUCCUCUUGGCUUGGCCGACGACCCCGAGGCAUUUUCCGAGCUAAAGGUCAAGGAACUCAAGAACGGUCGCCUCGCCAUGUUCUCGAUGUUUGGCUUCUUUGUUCAAGCCAUUGUCACCGGCAAGGGCCCACUAGAGAACCUUGCUGACCACAUUGCUGACCCGGUCAACAACAACGCAUGGGCAUUCGCCACUAACUUCGUCCCCGGCAAAUAACUGAAGUCUCUAGGAGACUAUCGGCCCAGUGAACUGUGAUGUUGUGUAGUCUUGUUUGUACAACCACGAUGUAAAUUAUGAGAAUUUUAUGUAAAGUGCGAGAUUCUCCCACUA